AUGGGAGACGUGUCCGCGCUGCAGGUGUUCAAGCUCUCUGUGAGCAACGCUUCGGCUUUGGCGGACUGGGAGGGCUUCGAGCCGUGCAAGAAGGAGUGGUUCGGCGUGAACUGCGGGGAGUCGACGCGGUCGAAACAUCGAUGGGCCGUUGUCUCGAUAGAGCUGCCCAACUGCAAUCUGGGAGGGGAGAUCCCGGAGGCGAUCGGCGACCUCGUGGAGCUCACGAAACUCAAUUUGCGAAACAACAAUUUCACGGGGCUGCUUCCCGCGUCGCUCAGCCGCCUGACCGCGUUAGAGUCACUAGACGUUUCGGGAAACCCGUUCGAGGUCGCACCUUCCACGAACCUUACCGCUGGCGCGCCCCCCCCGCUGACGUCAGACCCCAUCUCGAUAAUACCGGAGCCAGACGCCCCGGGCCCGAAAAUUCCGGGGCUGGUUAAGACAGGAAGAAAGAAGGGCUCGGGAAGGAAGGGACGCGGAAAGAAGGGUCGAGGGAAGGCAGGCAAAAGGGGGAAUUCUACUGCUGAGCCGCCUGCUGCUGAGCCCCCUACGACAAAGCCUUUGCCGGCUGCCAAACCGCCAACCGUCAAGCCAUUGCCGGCAACCAAGCCGCCUGCCGUCAAGCCGCCUGCCGUCAAGCCGCCUGCCGUCAAGCCGCCUGCCGUCAAGCCGCCAGUUGGAACGAUUCCGCCAAAAAGCAGUCCGGAUAAAGUGCGUCUUCCCGCUGUUCCUCUAGAGCCGCCUACAGCCGACUUCCCCGAUAAUAACCCCGUCCCCAGUACAACCCGCUCCCCGUCGCUACCGCCUAAAUCCGUGCCUGCGCCUUCCGACGAGACUGCCUCUCCGCCGCAUUCAGCAGCCGGCGAAACGAAGACGCCGGCUAUAGAAGUUCCGGCGGACAAUGCGGGGUCCACGAGCCGCGAUAGCAGUGACAGCAGCAGCGGCAGCAGCAACAGCAGUGACAGCAGCAGCGGCAGCAGCAACAGCAGUGACAGCAGCAGCGGCAGCAGCAGCAGUGACAACAGCACAGCGUCGUUGGACGAUUCCUCUCUCGCCUCUACCUCCUCUUCUUCCCCUCCUCCUGCCCCUGCCGAGUCGCCGUCCACCAAUAGCAUUGCGCUAUACGUGGGCAUAGCGGCGGGCGUGGUUGUCGCGUUCCUGUUGGGCGUCGCGCUCGUGCUGCUCUACAUCUACCUGCGGCGCCGCCGCGCGGAGACCAAGGACUUUGCGCCGAUUAAAGACGUCGCGGCGGGCGCGGACGGGCGGGGGGAGGAUUACGGGACAUCUGGCGCGGUUGCCGCGGCGGGAUAUGCGGCGGGAAAAGCGGGGAAGAGGGGAGGUGGUGGAGUGUUUGGAAGGCUAUGGCCAGGGACUGGAAAGGUGGCUGAUCUUGGCACAGUAUCUGCCUAUCAGCAACAAGCUCACGCCCCUGCCGCUCCGUCCGCCGCGGUUCCCGCUCACGACCAUGGCGCGAAUCUCCUUCCCCCGCACGACCCCUCCGCCAUGAUUCCGCACAGCGGGGCGUCGAACCACAGCGGCUGGGGCGCCGCAGUCAGCGCCGUGCAUAGCGGCGUGAACAGCGCCGCGCACAGCGGCGUGCAAAGCGUUACCGUGGAAGGCGGCGCGGCGUCACCGUACGCACCAGCCUCGGCGUACGCAUCGGCUGCCGAGCCUGGCAGCAACAUGUCGAGCCAGUUUCCGAGCCGCACUCCGAGCCAGACGCCGAGCCAACCGAUGAGCCACGUGGCAGGCCCGGGGCUAGCAGCAGCUAUAGCCGCGGAAGCGGGGGGCGGAAUCGGGGGAGGGGAAGGGGGAAGCGGAGGAGCUGGGGGAGGAUAUGCGGCUCAUAGUAGCAAUAGCAGCGCGCAGACGCCUGGGGCCUCUGUGGGGUCUUUAAAGUCGGGGCGCAAUAUGGCGGAGUAUAGGCUGAUGCUGCCCGGGCGCAGCCUGAGCAACACGGUGAUGGAGUUGACGUAUGAAGAUGUCCUGGGAGCAACGGACAACCUGGCAGAGGCGAACGUGAUUGGGUCGGGCGGGUUUGGGCGCGUGUACUGCGGAAGGCUGGCGGGGGCUGGCGUGGCGGUGAAGGUGCUGGAAGCGGGGAGCAGUCAGGGCGACCGAGAGUUCCAGGCAGAGGUGGAGCUGCUGAGUCGGCUCAGGUCGCCGCAUCUGGUGCAUCUGGUGGGCUACUGCAUGGCAGGGGGGAAUAGGGUGCUGGUGUACAAUCUCAUGGCGAAUGGGAGCCUGAGCGACUUGCUGCAUGAUAACAGCAGUGAUGGAAGCUUCGUGCAGCGGUUUGGGAGGGAGAGGCCGCAGGUGGAGUGGCAGCAGCGCAUGCAGAUCGCUCUGGAUGCCGCCCGCGGGCUCAUGUUCCUGCACCACGCCGCCUCCCCCGCUGUCAUUCACCGCGACUUCAAGAGCAGCAACGUUCUGGUGGACCACGAUUUCCAUGCGCGCAUUGCUGAUUUUGGGUUGGCUCGGGAUGGUCCCAGUGGGGAGAAGCGUUGGGUGUCGACACGUGUACUGGGCACCACAGGUUACUUGUCCCCAGAAUAUGUUACCACCGGUCGCCUGACCCCCAAGUCAGAUGUGUACUCGUUUGGCAUCGUGCUGCUGGAGCUGCUCACAGGGCUCACCCCCAUCGACCACGACAGGCCUCCCAAUAGAGUCUCCCUCACUUCCUGGGCGCUGCCGCUGCUGACGCAACGGGAGAGGCUGGGAGAGCUGCUGGACCCGCGUCUGGAUGGGACUGUUCCCCUGCACGAGUUCAUGCAGGUGGGUGGCAUGUGGGCAGCUGGUGGGUGGGGACUUGAUGCCUGUGGCGGUUGCAUAGGGGCAAAGAAGCGUAGAGAUAUGCAGAGCAUGGUGCACAUAGGAGUGCAGGGCAUGGUGCACAUAGGAGUGCAGGGCAUGGUGCACAUAGGAGUGCAGGGCAUGGUGCACAUAGGAGUGCAGGGCAUGGUGCACAUAGGAGUGCAGGGCAUGGUGCACAUAGGAGUGCAGGGCAUGGUGCACAUAGGAGUGCAGGGCAUGGUGCACAUAGGAGUGCAGGGCAUGGUGCACAUAGGAGUGCAGGGCAUGGUGCACAUAGGAGUGCAGGGCAUGGUGCACAUAGGAGUGCAGGGCAUGGUGCACAUAGGAGUGCAGGGCAUGGUGCACAUAGGAGUGCAGGGCAUGGUGCACAUAGGAGUGCAGGGCAUGGUGCACAUAGGAGUGCAGGGCAUGGUGCACAUAGGAGUGCAGGGCAUGGUGCAAAUAGGAGUGCAGGGCAUGGUGCACAUAGGAGUGCAGGGCAUGGUGCACAUAGGAGUGCAGGGCAUGGUGCACAUAGGAGUGCAGGGCAUGGUGCACAUAGGAGUGCAGGGCAUGGUGCACAUAGGAGUGCAGGGCAUGGUGCACAUAGGAGUGCAGGGCAUGGUGCACGUAGGAGUGCAGGGCAUGGUGCACGUAGGAGUGCAGGGCAUGGUGCACAUAGGAGUGCAGGGCAUGGUGCACGUAGGAGUGCAGGGCAUGGUGCACAUAGGAGUGCAGGGCAUGGUGCACAUAGGAGUGCAGGGCAUGGUGCACGUAGGAGUGCAGGGCAUGGUGCACAUAGGAGUGCAGGGCAUGGUGCACAUAGGACUGCACCUUCCCCCGUUCACGAGUUGGUACCGUCUAUUUCUUUCAACCCGCCCGGCCCUGCUUAUUCCACCCCACAGUCCAGGCGGAGUCACUGGCAGCGGUGUGCGUGUGCGUGCAGGCAGACCCAGACUACAGGCGCACAUGGACCAUGUGGUGCAGUCCCUCAUGCCACACAUGGACCAUGUGGUGCAGUCCCUCAUGCCGCACAUGGACCAUGUGGUGCAGUCCCUCAUGCCGCACAUGGACCAUGUGGUGCAGUCCCUCAUGCCGCACAUGGACCAUGUGGUGCAGUCCCUCAUGCCGCACAUGGACCAUGUGGUGCAGUCCCUCAUGCCGCACAUGGACCAUGUGGUGCAGUCCCUCAUGCCGCACAUGAACCAUGUGGUGCAGUCCCUCAUGCCGCACCCCUAUUCCUCCCUCCCUGCUGCUCCCUUCCACAGCAGGCGAUCGCGGCACAUGGACCACGUGGUUCAGUCCCUCAUGUGUCUGGAGGCACAUGGACCACGUGGUGCAGUCCCUCAUGCCUCCACCUUCGCCCUUCCUUGCCCCCUGCCCAUCCCUUCACUAGGCUGCAUUGAUAGCAGCAGUGUGUGUCCUGGCAUGCCCAGACUCGCACACGGACGGAUGAGGUUGGAUCCAGACUACUAUCCCCUUCCUCUCCCUCGACAUCAUCCAGCACACCAGGCUGCGUCAGCGGCAGCAGUGUGCGUGCAGGCAGACCCAAACUACCGGCCCCUCAUGGAUGAUCUGGUGCAGUCCCUCAUGCCGCUCUGCAAGGCUGCCAUCCCGCCUCCUCAUCCCCCACCCUUCCUUGCUUGCCCCCAUCCCCUCUCUGCCUCCCUUCACCAGGCGGCCUCUGUAGCAGCAGUGUGCCUGCAGGCCGACCCAGACUACAGGCCGCACAUGGAUGACGUGGUGCAGUCCCUCAUGCCGCUCUGCAAGGCUGCCAUCUCGCCCUACGCCUCUCCCGCCCAGUCCAACCACUCCUCCCUCAGAUGA